UCACGCAUCGUACCCUAUUUGCUGACAGGCACAGGGCCAGGCGAGUUGUUUUUGGUACGCAAUGUAGGCGGAUUUGUUCCGCCCUAUGAUGGCUCAGAGGGCUACCACGGCACCACAGCAGCAAUUGAGUUUGCCGUACUCAACCUGGGCGUGCAACACAUCAUUGUUUGUGGACAUAGCCACUGCGGCGCCAUACGCGCCAUGUAUAGCGAGGCCAAUCCAGAAGCGAUACAUUUGAACAAUUGGCUCAACUUGGGGCGCGAUGCUUUGCUGCCCGUGCAAGCCAGCGCAGAAGCCUUGCACCGCACAGAGCAACGCGCUGUGGUUCUGCAAUUAGAGCGAUUGAUGAACUACCCCAUGGUUCGCAAGCAAGUAGAAGUGGGAGAGCUUAAACUGCACGGUUGGCACUAUAUCAUUGAAGAUGGCGAGGUGCAUGUGCUGGAUGUAGAAAAGGGAGAGUUCAUCCCCGCUACAAAAGAGCUAAAU